GUUUGGGGGCGCUUUGAGCUUGCGCUUCCUUGGUGUGUUGUCCCGGUAGCGGGCGCAUCGUCAUUGGUAGCUUGAUGGCAGAAUGGGUGAUCACAGCAACAUCCCACCGCAAGUAAAGACCACUUCUCGGCUAGGAAAUAGAUCGAUAUUCUUUUAGCUUCUAAUUCACCUUUUUUAAGGGAAGCAAAAGAAAAUAGGAAAGGAAAGGGGAAAGAAAAAGUCGCCAUCGCAGGCCGAGGAAGGGUAUGCACCUUUCUGGCGAGCGGCGGGGCUACUGUUGCUAAUGCCUGUCCCUUCUCCUCGUCGGCCUUCCAACCGCGGAAGAGCGAAGUCCACUCCAGCGAACGGGAAGCCUCUUGAUAUUGGCCAACCAUUGGGUGUCCACGACACGAAUUCGGUACGCGAGAAGGUUCGACGAUGGCAACAGCAAGGUGGGGGUGUUAUAAUAGAGAAAGAUGUUGGCCCUGAGAGCGACGGUGGCCACACUACCUCACCGGAGUCAAAUCCUCUCUCUAGCAAGGAGGAGUCCCCAGGAAAGAAUAGAACCAACAGAGCAAGAGGAGGAAACAACGAUAAGGACAAUAAUGUCCAGCGAACUCGAAGUAACAGUACCCCGCGCAAGCGGGUUAUUAGUGAUGGGCACUGGAGGAAGAAUAGAUCACCGCCAUCCACACCACCCCAGAAAGUGGCACAUAAGAGGAGAACUGACGUAUUUGACCGGUAUGGGGAACCGAAAUCAUCGGUAAGGGAGAAAGAGAAGACGUAUGAAGUUACUGAUGCAACCAACUGUGGCACCAAACCUUUACCAGACGACGGAAUCCGAGUCUAUGCAGCUUCGAAGUCCUCAAGUAAAAGGAGUGAACGCCCAAAGUCACAACAUAUCUACGAAUCACGAUCUAUGGUUGACAACGAAGUGGAGAGCGCUAUUAGUGAUCAGACCCCCGUCUCCAAAAGGCAACAGUCUAGGAAGCAAAAGGGUCGUGAUUACGACAGGAGAGACCAGCAUUUACGAACACAGGGUGGUGAUGGUGAAUGGUCAACUGAACCCAGCGAGGCUAUAGAGGUUUCUGAACAAGAGAAUCGGCCUCGACGGCAAGGGCAGAAACUCCCACCACGGCCGUUACGGCCUCCCAAAGGGGGUAUUUUUAACCAUGUUAUUGAUGAAUCGAAAAAGAUUUUUGGGAAACAUGAGCCACCCGCAUCCCCAGCACCAGCGCCUCGAAACCCCGGAUCUAGCGUCGAAGCAUGGCUUUCGUCUACUCCUGACCCUUUUACGGAGGGUGAGGAGCCCCCUGUUCAAGUCCCGGCGCCUCUAGAUUCACGGUUACGGGGAAAACCCCCAUCCCAUGGCGACCGAGUCGACGAAUAUGAUAGCUCGAGGCUUUCAUCCCAAGCAAAAAGUCCGAAAAGGAGACGUGGGUCCAGAAGAACAAGAAGGCGUUCUAAUAGCUCCCCUUCGACGGAAACGUCGACAGGACCUCACGACGACUCAAUACCCUAUAAUGAGCAGCCCAGUGAAAUAUUGGGUGACACUCGAGAAUCUUCGCCACCAACCUUAAAAAGAACAGGACCUAAGAAGCGCCCAAGUUCUCUUGCCGAAGUAGGCAAAAUGUCAACUCUACAAGAAUCGCUCGAUGAGGCUCUGCAAGGGUCAAACUUGGAUCCUCGUUCUUCGGACGGAUCUGAGGUAUCGAUAUCUGAUCGACCGCCUCCUCUGACGUUAAGAAGACCCUUUCCAGGGACUGGCCCCCACCGACUGUCUACAAUAAUGUCUGUGGACACACUGAGCACUGUGACAGACCCGCGCCAGGAUGAGCAACCUACUGAUCUCCGGACAAACACCCAACCAGUCCAUGAUGAGAAUUUAGAGUCAGAAGCCAGGGAUCAAUUCGAUCCGAGCUCGUUGCCUGGUACCAGAAAUGGUUUAAAACGUCGACUUACUACUCAUGCUGAUCUUAUAUCGGUAUUGUCUAUCCCUGGAGGCGGAAGCCGUAGUAUAAGAUCUGCCAGGAGCAUCCGCACCAAUAGAAGUCGAUUGGCAACAGCCACUAUCGACGAUAUCAUGCAGGAAUUUUCAUCUGAUGAGACAAAAUAUAUGCGUGAAUUGAGGACUCUUGUUGGUGGUGUCAUCCCCGUUCUAUUAACAUCAGUCUUGUCCAAAUCCGAUUCAGCCAUUGCUGCGGGCCUUUUCCGUCCUUCUGGAAAUCCGAAAGAUGAUGAAAACUUUACCAGACCCAUCGUCGAUAUGGGAAUAUCACUCGAACGACUUAAAUCUCUCCAUAAACGAGCGCCGCUGAAUAAUCCAGAGGCUCUUUUAUCUUGGGCACAAGGUGCGCAAAAGGUUUAUCGGGACUAUUUGAAGGCCUGGCGCCUUGGAUUUCAAGAUGUUGUCGUCAACCUUGCACCCCCCGAUGAUGACCCGUCGGAAGCAACGAGCCCCGAGACUCAAAGCUUAUACGCUGGAAUGGCGCAAGAUGAAGACGGCGAUGUAGUGGAUGGAGAUGGGGAAAAGGUCGAUGUUGCAUUUCUUCUCAAGAGACCGCUGGUGCGUCUUAAAUACCUUGCAAAGACUUUCAAAGGCAUCAACUACGUACAGACAUCCCCGAAGGCAGAAGAGAUGGCAAUGGUGUACCAAAGUCUCGUUACGGAUGCUAGACGGCGCUCAAACGAAGAGCGAGCAAGGCUCGAAGACGAUAUGGCGGCCUCCAUUGACGCUACGAGAGCCCGAAGCCCACGAAACCUCGCCGUCCUUUCCGACGUCACCAUUCUAGAAACUCGACGGGUCCGAGCUCGCGACUUUUUCAAUCUCUCUUUGCUUCAUUCAACUGGCCAGCAAAUCGAUUGCCGCGCUGAACUUUUACUUCGGGAUAAUCCCCCUGGCGAGGCGCCUGGUGGCGACUUGUUAAUAUGCGAAGUGGAUGACACUGGCCGCUGGCUUUUAUUCCCCCCAAUAGACCGGGGCCGAGCAUCUGCUCGAAACGGUGAUGGAAAGGGUGAAAUCGUCAUUAUGAUUAGAGGUGUGCCAGGCGAGGAGGAAGAUUGGAAAGAGUUAAUUACUUUUAAAACAGACGAGGAGCAGGUGGGAUUCGAAUGGGUACAAAUGAUUGGAUUAAGUCCCGUUCCGCCAAAGAUUGACCGGUCUAUGAGCUUUAUUAAUAGAGCCAGAGCCAGAAAUUGGGCCCUCAGAGCGGAGCAAGAGGGCUCUGAGCUGUCUACUGUGUCUGAAAAGAGAAGCCACGGCCCCACAGAUAUGGACGUGCCCAUUGGUGAACAGGCUACAGUUGUUUCUUCUGCUAUUCUAUCAAAGACAGCUACCCGGGCUGGCUAUGAAACAUCGAAGCAGUCGCUGGGUUUCUCCCGCGAUGGUUUCAGCCCAAAGGAGCCCCUUUCAGUAACACACCCUCGAACAGAGGAAGCGGGAAAUACCUCGCCCCAGACACCUUCGAGGCUGCGGGUAUCAAUCGGUACACCUAGAAGCCUUAAUGAAGCAAUGGACCUGGCUGGCGGAGUUUCUCCAACCACUUUGAAGAGGUCGAAGGCUAAGAGGAGACCCAACUAUGCAGAACUGGCGAUAUCGAGCCCAACGUCAAGUGGUGCGAGAUAUCCGGAGAAGGAGAAAAUAUCAUCUGAUAUUCCUCUAACUGGAUCUAAAUCUCCUGAAACGACGUCUCCUCGUCCUCAGGAAGACGGCCAACCUAGAUUAUCCAGAAACAGAGACCCAUCUCCCGAAAUUGAUCUACCAAAGCCCCAACUCGGAGGGCCGCUAGGCCGACGGUCGCUAUCUUCUGUUCCUUCUCUCGAACUUCCAAUUAUACCCAAGAUUAGGAAAGGAAGCCAACAAAGUAGCCCAGCUCCAUCCGAUAGGGAGGGAACACCAACGUCAUCGCCCAAGACCCCUAACGCUAGGUUAAGUCCAGCUAAGCGUAGUGAAAGCCCAGAUGAAGUUAUCCUCCGUCGUGACCUCACAGUAUAUACUGAGGAUGUUCCAUUGCCGCCACCUCAUAAAUCACCGAGUCCUCCGGUUCCAAAGCAUUCUGUCCCUAUUUUAAGCCCCACCACUCCUCGAAGUAACCGAAAUCGACGAUCUUCUUCUCCGCUCAAGCACGAGUAUGAACCUUCAACGGCAACAGAGUCGCCAGACAGCUCUGAUACUUCCACCAUCGAGCACCACGAAAUUAACUCUUCCUCAGAGACAUCGGAUGAGGAAUUUGAAGGAGAUGAUAUUGAAACGCUUUUACCGCUAGUUGGCGCUCGUCAGCUUCGCGAAAUAUCACCUCCAUCGCCUCCUCCGAGUGACCCUGACGGGACUCUUGGACCAUCGAACUCCGCUUCCCAGGCUCCAUACAAAGGUGUUCCACGACAGCCUUCACAAUCUGCGAAGUGUGUUGCGUCUAUUUUCUACUGGCAUGACAAGGGUACAUGGGAGGAGCUUUAUCCAGACGAAUGCAGAAUUGUGAUUACCCCGGGUCUAAUUGAAGCAUAUGAAUCCACGGAGUGGCCCGAAGAAGAGGUUGAUUCUAAUAUUCCCUCCGAAAAACCUCUAAUCGCUUUGGAAUUAACACCUCUUGUCCCAAUUCGGCGCGGCACAGCUUUAGAUAUAUCUAUUCGCUCCCUUCCGACGACAAGAUCCAAAUUCACAACGGGGAACAACAUCAUGUUCCGUUCACGAAACCCAGAGGAGUGCGAGAAAUUAUAUGGGCUUAUCAAUCACUCUCGAAUAAACAAUCCGACUUACAUCGCACUUCAAAACGCCCGUGGCCCAUAUUCUGUGCAGCCUACCUCGCUCGCCCGCCAGAAUUCCAACCGCAGUAGUAGAUUCGGUGGGUGGUUCAAUUGGUCCAGGAGUAGCUAUCGAGCCUCGAGCGUGCCCGCCCCGUCCGUGGCUGGUGUAACCGAUUCCAGCGUUGGGACAAUGUCCAGUGCUUUCUCAGCUCUCAAGAAAUUCGGUGCAGGGAACAAAAUGUUCAGCAUCGCCAGAUCAACCAUCACAUCUCGCACUGGUAGCCACCGCAGCAGCCUUUACUCCACUUCUACCCGUUCUGGAUCCAACUCCUCCCCAAAUUCGCCUUUCGACACGGGCUAUGACCUUGCGAAAAACGCAGCAGGCGGUAUCGGCCUUUCAAACGCCAAGAUCCGUCUAUAUGCUCGCGAGUCUGCAUCAAAAUGGCGGGAUAUGGGUGCCGCUCGCCUUACGAUCUUACACGCAUCUCCCGCACCACCCCGACCGGGGACUGCUGCCGCUACUGGAAUAGAAGGCAAGACAUCAUCCACAGCCAUCGGUAACAGGGAACCGAUGACGGCGGACGGACAACCUUCCACCCCUCCCACGUCUCAAGCUGCUCCGCCACUACCAGUUUCGUCAACUCGUCGGGAAGAAAAGCGCAUUCUCAUCAGAGGAAAGACUAAAGGGGAGGUACUGCUGGAUGUAUGCCUUGGUGAGAGCUGCUUUGAACGGGUGGCUAGGACCGGAAUCGCAGUCUCUGUUUGGGAAGAAUAUGACGGCGUGGCAAAGGAGGGUGGUGUGGUGAGUGGGAACUUUAGGGUUUAUAUGAUCCAGAUGAAGAGUGAGGCGGAGACGGCGUACACAUUCGGAAUGGUUGGGAAGCUGAGAUAUUAACGAAUAUGCUUCUUGUUUGGGCUUGGUUUGCAAUCUGGUUUCGGGGCCACGGUGGGGAAGGAAGGUAUAUUGAUUCCCUAAGUGUGCACUGGUAUUUCUGGCGAUUUCAUUUGGUGAUAUGGGUGGGAAUCUGGGUUGACAGGAUAGCAUGUUGGGUUUGGCUGAUAUACAUUUCUAUGGAUGAGGUGUGGAAUGUUUUACGAUUUUGGAAGCGUCUAUCUAUUUCUUUUGUUUGGCAUAUUUCCUCGGUAAUACAUAUACAUUAUGUUCGAUUAAUUUAUAUGUCGAUGUCAUCAUCUACAGUGUAUUGAUGCAUCUACAGUGUCGUGACGAGAAUUGAACUAAGUAAUAAAUGCUGUAGCUAGUUAUCUAUCUUUUAGUUUUGAUCUAAGUUCUAUAAAUUCGCGCGUAUUCCAUCUCUAGUUAAAUGUGCAACGAAAAUUAAUGAGAGUGAUGCGCAAAGUAUGCUGCAGCGUCGAGACCAAGGAGUCAUGUCUAAUGAAUAAAUAACAUAAGGAUGCUCAUGUCUAUCGCCAUCAUACGAAAUAAGUAAAUUUGAAUAAAGGAUCCAAUCAUUUCAAACA